AUGAACCUGCGCGAUGGCAACGUGUCGGAGUUGAUCUCCAACACCGUCAGAGCCGUAACCACUCUGGAGUCCAACAUCUGGUCUCCUCGUGGAUUUGAGGAAAGCACCCUGAGAAUCAACGGGACUAACUCGGGCGGGUGUCACGGGAGCGGCGUGCCCCGCACUGGCAUCGACGUGCACUUGGGGAACUUGUCUUACCGCAACGUCGGAGGAGUGUACGGCGAGGAGGGCGGUAGGAUUCACGGGUCUCAUUGUCCUCAACGAGAGAUGGCGGCGGAGAAGAACUGGGCAGCGCUUUUGAUUUUAGUCGUCAUCGCCGUCACAGUGAUGGGCAACAUCCUGGUGAUCCUGGCCGUCUCCCUGGAGAAGAAGCUGCAGAAUGCCACCAACUAUUUCCUGAUGUCCCUGGCGGUCGCCGACAUGCUCCUCGGCAUCCUGGUCAUGCCGGUUUCCAUGGUGACCAUUCUCUAUGAUUAUGGGUGGCCGUUGCCCUCUGACCUUUGUCCCAUCUGGAUCUACCUGGACGUCCUGUUCUCCACGGCGUCCAUCAUGCACCUCUGCGCCAUCUCUCUGGAUCGCUACAUCGGCAUACGCAACCCGAUCCACCACAGCCGCUUAAACUCCCACACCAAGGCCCGCAUCAAGAUCAUGGCAGUGUGGACGAUUUCAGUGGGGGUCUCCAUGCCCAUUCCUGUUCUGGGACUCAGAGACCACUCCAAGGUCUUCAAAGAUGGCAGCUGCCUGCUGACGGAUAACAACUUUGUGCUGGUCGGCUCCUUCGUGGCCUUCUUCGUGCCCCUCACCAUCAUGGUCGUCACCUACUUCCUGACCAUCAGAGCGCUGCAGAACGAAGCCACGCUCUGCCUGGACCAGCUGGUCCCGCGGCCGAAAUGGAGCACGACUUUCACCUUGAGCUUCUUGCCGCAGACCUCGCUGUCCUCUGAGAAGCUCUUCAGGCGCUCGAUAAGCCGCGAGGCCAGCGGCAGGGGAAGCGGCAGCGGCCAGGGAGGCGCCCGCGGAAGCAUUUCUGGUUCGCUCUUUGGACGCCGCACGAUGCAGUCCAUCAGCAACGAGCAGAAGGCGACGAAGGUCCUCGGGGUCGUGUUUUUUCUCUUUGUGGUCAUGUGGUGCCCGUUUUUCAUCACCAACGUGCUGGUGGUGGCGUGCGACCCGGCGGUGUGCGACGCUGGUCUCAUGGGAGGCCUGCUGAACGUUUUCGUGUGGGUCGGAUAUUUGUCCUCGGCGGUCAACCCGCUGGUCUACACGCUGUUCAACAAAACCUACCGGGCAGCAUUCCUGCGCUACGUCUGCUGCCAGUACGAGCUGGAGAAGAAGCCUCUCCAGCUCAUACUGGUGAACACCAUCCCGCCGAUGGCCUACAGCUCCAGCCAGAUGCCCUUGGGCGACAUCGAGAAGUUACUAAACGGAGUGGCUCACUCUCGUGGCAAAGUGAAGGAUUUCUCACUACCUGGACGGGAAACGGAGAAGUUCAUGAAGGAUAGAAGUCACGGAGGCAAGGAUGAGAGCUGCGUGUGAAUAAAACCGCUUCAAAGUUGAUCCUGUGAAGCUCACGAAUUAUAUAACACGUUUUGACUUCAUACUGACAAAAAGCGAAAGGGUUUGAGGUUUAAAGGGCCAAAGACAAAGUGCCUCCCAGUCAGGAUGUGUAGAAACACUGAGGUCAUGAGUUGCCAAACCUGUCAAGACAUUAAAGUCUGAAUCAACGCAUCAACACCAGGGUCUGAAUCAGCUGAAUCAAGUUAGUGAGUUCUUUAUAACAACAAAACUCCUUUUGAUAGCCUCAAAGUAAUUAGGCAAUCAGUGCUUGAUUCAUGGAAUAAAACAUGUCAAACUUUUAGAGCCUCUUCCACACUGCCAGUGGGGGUCUCAGAAAACACAUUUUUCACUUCAUCUUUUUUUUGAUUCAUCAAUUUCGUCCAUUCUGAGAACGGACCAUGUACAAGAAAUGAUGUGAGACAUAUGGGCAUAAGGUCAGUACCGAAAAAAAGGUGUCAUUACUUGGACAAAAGGGUAAACAAAAUGUAUAACAUUUGUCACGGAAGUUCCGCUGGGGUGAUGUCGCGGAUGAGCCCGACCCACUGGGACUCCGGACCUAAGAGGUUAGGGAGAAAAGACUCCUGCUUCCUCUGUAUUUUCUGUUGAAAAUAACAAGGACAAAUCAAUAUUACGUCUGAAAUCAGAUGCUCACAAGAUAAUGCUGUUACAGAGACAACGUGAAAUAAUUCUAUAUUUGUAUUUUGUGCAGAUGUGAAUAAAUGUAAAUGAUUGUUGAGGUCAAGUCGGUCGACGAUUAUUUCCAUGGAUGUGUAUGAAGAUUGUAAAAUGAGAUUAUAUUGGCAGGAAAUUGAGGAUUUAACUGCAUCUGUUUCCACUGUAAAGGUCCCACUCUUCAAUGUGUUAUUCUCCGACCACCAGUGCAGGAAAUUGUCCUUUGUUCUGCGGCAGCAUCACGGUUCUUGCUUCAGUUUUUACAGGUUUGUCACAAACGGUCGGGCAGUUGGUUACCACGCGUUUAAAUAUUGUUUUAAAUGUGGAUCCAAUGCAGGAGACUGAAGAGGGCAUCGUCUGCAGGAAGGACAGAAGAUGGAUUCAUGCAUGAAUGUAGUCCUGGACCACGGAUGCAUUAACAAGGUGCACGCAGACCUGUAGACUUGGAUUUGUAAAACGGCUCUCGACAAAUCAUUCAACGUUGACUUCUCUUUUUACUUUUCUUGUUUUUCAACAAACAGCCUCCUUGGUUUGAAAUAAGUUCGUAAACCACUUGAAACACAAGUAUUGAGAACACGUUUUUAACGUAAGUUCACAAUAACUCCAACGACACUGGGACAGGAACAUUGUUCUGCUGCUGAA